AUGAAUGAAGUGGGUAGAAUUUACCGGUGUGACGCUCACACAGGAAGUUGUGAAAAAAUUAAUAUUCAACGACCAGUCGAUGCUGUCAAUAUGUCACUUGGUUUGUCAUUGGCUGCCCAUGAUUCUCAGGUCUUGUUUGCCCUCAUACAGUUCUCAGACAAAUACCUGGAACACUUUAAUUUCAACAGCAAAGACCCAGAGCAACUUGUUCUGGAUAUUUAUCAGGUCAGUGGAUGGACCCGAACAGCUACAGCCAUCCGAAGAGUUGUGCGGGAACUGUUCACCUCAGAGAAGGGAGCUCGGAAAGGAGCCACCAGGAUUCUUAUUGUGAUAACAGACGGGGUGAAGACUGACAACCUUCAGUACUGGCAAGUGAUUCCGGAGGCUGAGCAAGCAGGGAUCAUCCGCUAUGCUAUUGGGGUGGGUGAUGCUUUUUCGAGAACCAAUGCCAGGCAGGAACUGGACGACAUUGCCUCUGAGCCAAAGGCAGAGCACGUCUUCACAGUGUACAAUUUCAAUGCUCUCAAAGGCAUCCAGGACCAGCUGCAGGAUAAGAUCUUUGCCAUUGAAGGUACACAAUCUCACAGCACCAGUUCCUUCCAGAUGGAGAUGUCCCAGGAAGGAUUCAGUGCCUUGCUGACACCAGAAGGCCCUGUUGUAGGAGCUGUGGGAUCCUACGACUGGACUGGAGGAAUAAUUCUGUACCAGAACGGCAAUAGAAACCCAAGUUUUGUUAAUAUUUCUAGCGCUGCUAAGAGAAUGGACAAUGCGUACCUUGGCUAUUCCUCUCAGCCUGUCCAGCACAAUGGUAAAAUUAGUUUUGUGGUGGGAGCUCCCCGCUAUGACUAUGUUGGCAAAGUGGUUCUGUUUGAGAAACAUCCCAGGCGUGGAGAAUGGCAACUGAAAGCAGAAGCUGUUGGAGAACAGGUUGGUUCCUAUUUUGGAGCGACUCUGUGCUCAGUGGACUUGGAUCAAGAUGCAAACACAGAUCUGGUUCUGGUUGGAGCCCCCAUGUACUAUGAUGCUGUCACUGGAGGAAGGGUCUACAUCUGUGAAUUUAUGGCAAGGGGGACAAAGGUGCAGUCACUUCAUUGUAGCACAACUUUGAAAGGGCAGGCGGGACAAAUGUUUGGUCGCUUUGGGGCCUGCAUUGCAGAAGCAGGUGACAUAACUGGUGAUGGAUGGACGGAUGUGGCAAUUGGGGCGCCCCUGGAAGAUGAAAACGCUGGAGCUUUGUAUAUCUUUGCAGGGAAGCAGACGUCACUCAACCCCAAAUACAUCCAGCGCAUUGGAGGGCUACGUUUUACUGGAGGGCUCUUGUACUUUGGCCAAGCUGUCAGUGGAGGGACAGACCUUACAGGGGAUGGGCUGAAGGACAUCGCUGUGGGACAACAGGGACGGGUCCUGUUGCUUAGGUCCCGUCCUGUUCUGGAUCUGAGAGUCUCUAUUGAGUUCCAGCCCCCUUUGAUUCCCACCUCCAUCUUCAGGUGUCAGAGCCAAGAACUUGUGGAAAAGAUGGCCAGUGUGGCAAGAGUGUGCUUCACUGUUUCCAAAGCUACAAAGGAUAAAUUAGACGGCUUCCUCAAGUAUUCUGCGGUACUAUUCAUAAUCUCUUCCUCUUUUCUCUCUCUCUUUCCCAAUCCAGGUGUUAUUUUUAGUGACCUUCAAUACAGCCUGGCCCUGGAUUCUGAGAAGACAAAGAUUCUUGCCUCCUUCAGCUCUAAAUCUCCUGUUUGGAAUUCAGGUUUCAAGAUUGGGCUUGAACAAAAAUGCAAGGAUCAUGCCAUCAAUUUACCUAGCUGCAUUGAAGAUACCUUGACUCCCAUCACCUUGAGGCUCAAUUACAGCCUUGUGGGGAACCCCAUUGAUCAAGCCCAGAGACUCCAGCCGAUUCUGAGCCAAGAGUCCCAGCAGAUCUACACUGCCCAGCUCCCCUUUGAGAAGAACUGUGGCAGUGAUGGGAAAUGUGUAGAUGCUCUACAAACCUCAUUUACUUUCUCAGGCCUGAAUACUGUAAUUGUAGGCCUGACUCUUGAGCUCAAUGUAACAGCGUCUAUCCAGAACUGUGGAGAGGAUUCCUACAGCACCACUCUCAGCUUCUCCUACCCAGCAGGACUGUCGUACCGCAAGGUUACUUUGCUGCAGUUCAGCCAAAAUGUUGUCAGCGUGAAGUGCCACUCGGCUCCUGUCUCUGAAGAACGUGCCAACAGGACUGCCACCUGCAACGUCAACCACCCAAUUUUCUGGAGCAGAGCAGAGGCUAUCUUUGUUGCCACAUUUGAUGUCUCACCUGGUGCUGACUUAGGAGACACUCUACGGAUCAUAGCUAAAGCCAACAGUGAAAAUGGAGGAAACAUCACCAAUCGUAUGAUUCACCAAGAAGACUUGCCUGUCAAAUAUGCAGUAUACAUUAUGGUCACCACCACUGAGGAAUCAACUAAGUAUGUCAACUUUACGACUGGUCAGGAAGGCACAAGAAAGAGUGUGGAGCAUCGCUAUGAGGUGAGAAACCUCCGAGAACGAAGCAUCCCUGUCUCAAUGACAUUUCAGAUCCCGGUAAAAUGGAAAGGCAUCCAAGUCUGGGAUGUGUCUCAAGUCAUCUCCUCUGAGCCUCAGAUCACCAACUGUACAUUGGAGGAUGAAACUGCAGGCUCCCAGGAUUUUCCAUCCAGGGAGGAUCACCCUGUUCUGGACUGCUCUGUUGCUUCCUGCAAGAUAAUCCGCUGUGAUAUUCAGAUGCUGGGGUUCCGGAAAACACCCCUGGAGUUCAGGAUCAAGGGGGACAUCCAUUUUCAGUGGGCAUCUCAGGUCCAGCAGAAGAAAGUGACUUUGGUGAGCUUGGCAAAAAUUUCUUAUGAUGACAAAAAGUACUCACAAAAGGAAGGCUUUAUCCAGACCAAGGUAAGUGAGGCAGAGGAGGAGCACAAGUCCAUGGUCUCCAACAUUACUGACUUGGCAGGAUGGCCUGAUUUGCUCAUGCGCUUCUUGCUCUCCACUUCUGACAUGGAGCACAGGGACUUUUACCUGGGCUCUGUGCCAAAAGGGGAGAUCAAGUGGUGUACGCUGCAGUGGCGGCAAUGUAGGAGGCUUCCUGUGUUGCCUUAG